AUGGAAUCAAAUCACAAAUCCGGGGAUGGAUUGAGCGGCACCCAGAAGGAAGCAGCCCUUCGCGCACUGGUCCAGCGCACGGGAUAUAGCCUGGUCCAGGAAAAUGGACAAAGAAAAUACGGGGGCCCUCCACCUGGCUGGGAUGCUGCGCCCCCAGAAAGGGGCUGUGAGAUCUUUAUUGGGAAACUCCCAAGAGACCUUUUCGAGGAUGAACUCAUACCGUUAUGUGAAAAAAUUGGUAAAAUUUAUGAAAUGAGAAUGAUGAUGGAUUUUAAUGGCAACAACAGAGGAUACGCUUUCGUAACAUUCUCAAAUAAACAGGAGGCCAAGAAUGCAAUCAAGCAACUUAAUAAUUAUGAAAUCAGAAAUGGGCGUCUCUUAGGGGUCUGCGCCAGCGUGGACAACUGCCGAUUGUUUGUUGGGGGAAUUCCCAAAACCAAAAAGAGAGAAGAAAUCUUAGCAGAAAUGAAGAAGGUAACCGAGGGCGUUGUGGACGUCAUUGUCUACCCGAGUGCUGCAGACAAAACCAAAAACAGAGGCUUCGCCUUCGUGGAAUACCAGAGCCACCGGGCUGCUGCCAUGGCCCGCAGGAAACUCCUCCCAGGAAGAAUUCAGUUAUGGGGACACCCCAUUGCAGUAGACUGGGCAGAACCAGAAGUAGAAGUUGAUGAAGAUACAAUGUCUUCAGUGAAAAUCCUGUAUGUAAGAAACCUAAUGCUGUCUACCUCCGAAGAGAUGAUUGAAAAAGAAUUCAAUAAUAUUAAACCAGGUGCUGUGGAACGGGUGAAGAAAAUCCGAGACUAUGCUUUCGUGCACUUUAGUAACCGAGAAGAUGCAAUUGAGGCCAUGAAAGCUUUAAAUGGGAAGGUGCUGGAUGGCUCCCCCAUUGAAGUGACCUUAGCCAAACCGGUGGACAAGGACAGCUAUGUCAGGUAUACCCGAGGCACAGGUGGAAGGGGCACCAUGCUGCAAGGAGAGUAUACCUAUUCUUUGGGCCAUGUUUAUGAUCCUACCACAGCCUACCUCGGAGCUCCUGUCUUCUACGCCCCGCAGGCCUAUACGAUUCCUAGCCUUCAUUUCCCAGCCACCAAAGGACAUUUUGGCAACAGGGCCAUUAUCCGAGCCCCCUCUGUUAGAGGGGCUGCGGGAGUGAGAGGCCUGGGCGGCCGUGGCUAUUUGGCAUACACAGGCCUGGGUCGUGGAUAUCAGGUCAAAGGAGACAAGAAAGAAGAGAAACUCUAUGAUCUUUUGCCUGGGAUGGAACUCACCCCGAUGAAUCCUGUUACCUUAAAACCCCAUGGAAUUAAAAUUGCUCCCCAGAUAUUAGAAGAAAUUUGUCAAAAAAAUAACUGGGGACAGCCAGUAUAUCAGCUGCACUCUACCAUUGGACAAGAUCAAAGACAACUAUUCUUGUACAAAAUAACCAUUCCUGCUCUGGCCAGCCAAAAUCCUGCCAUCCAUGCUUUCACACCUCCAAAGCUAAGUGCCUACGUGGAUGAAGCAAAGACAUACGCAGCCGAGUAUACCCUGCAGUCCCUGGGCAUUCCCAUCGAAGGGGCCAGCGCUCCCACUGCAGCAGCAGCUGCUGCUUCUGCUGCUGCUUUUCCAGGAUAUGCUGUCCCCAGCGCCACUGCACCCGUGUCCGCAGCCCAGCUCAAGCAAGCAGUGACCCUCGGACAAGACUUGGCCACAUAUACAACGUAUGAGGUCUACCCCACUUUCGCAGUGACCGCCCGGGGGGAUGCAUACGGAGCCUUCUGA